AUGAAUGUCGGACAGCAGCUGACUUCCGGUGCCGCAUCGGGAUUCGCUUCGACAAUUGCUUUACAACCUUUUGAUUUGCUCAAAACACGACUGCAGCAAGGGGAUAGUUUGCACCGUCAGAGGCCCUCUAUCUAUCGUACAACUCGAGACAUAAUUCAAAAAGACGGUGUUCGUGGAUUGUGGAGAGGAACGAGUCCGUCACUAAUGAGGAACGUUCCGGGUGUAGCGUUGUACAUGACAAGCCUGACUCAAUUACGGACCUUCAUGGCUACAUCUCCCUAUUUCUCCCGAGUCAAAGGACAUUCAGAGGAUGCUAAACACUCUUCGGUCCUUCCCAAACUCACAAGUCAAGGAAAUCUCCUGUCGGGAGCUGUCGCGCGCGUUGGUGUGGGAUUCAUUCUGAACCCGUUGUCGGUGCUUAAAGCCCGAUUUGAGAGUAACAUAUACGCGUACGAAUCCGUCUCAGGAGCUUUCGUAUCGAUCGUACGGCUAGGCCCAUCGGAGCUUCUCAAGGGGUUUAGUGCUAGUUCGUUGCGAGAUGCGCCGUACGCCGGACUAUUCGUCGCGCUUUAUGAGGCGUUCAAGCGUCAAGCCUCUUUCAUUGUAGCCCCGAGCUCGAACAGUCAAUCUGCAAUGAUCCAUAGUCUAUCAGCAGCCAGCGCCGGGGCUCUAGCGACUAUAGCUACCCAUCCCUUUGACGUUAUCAAAACAAAAAUCCAAGUCCGCCGCGAAGACCGGUAUCAAGGGUUUCUCAGCACUGUGAGAACAAUAUGGAAACAUCAAGGGGUUGUUGGAUACUUUGAAGGAACUUCGCUACGGCUUUCCCGGAAAGUAUUGAGUUCAGCGAUAGGCUGGGCAGUGUAUGAAUGCAUACUGAUGGUUAUACGGACUUGA